CUGGCCCCUCCUUCUACUGGCCUGUGGCCCUCAGAAGAUUGCCUGGAAGGAAAUGUGGCCCUUGUUGUGCAAAGGGCUCCCUGCUUCUGCCUUACAGCUCACAGAAUCCUGCAGAAGGGCGUAGUUGGCUGGAAAGAACCCUGAACCAGAGCACUUCUGCUAAGAGAGAAGGGUAUACUUUGUGAGUUCAGAUGUGAAGUAAUGCUGCUUGUGGUUCCAUGACUUUCCAGCUGAAACUGAACAGAAAUUAGUGAUUCUAAUAGAGCUCCUAACUUCAGCUGCUUUUCAGGUUAAUGCCAAUCACUGUAUAUUUUCAGGGGCAGUGGUCUCUUGGGGAUGAGGCCAGGCAUCAGGGUCCCUUCAAAAUGAAGACUGACCACUUGCAUUUAACGGGAGCUCCAGAGCCUGUCAAAUCUCCAUCAGACGUCAACAUGCAAGACACUUUCUAUCAAGUUGCUUGGAUACCAUAUAACGUAUUUUGCCUGAGGAAGAGCUUGAUCCUGAAGAGAGGGACAAUUUCCUCCAACAGCUUUACAAGUUUAUGGAAGACAGAGGAACUCCUAUCAAUAAGCCACCUGUUCUGGGCUAUAAGGAUCUUAACCUCUUCAAACUUUUCAGACUGGUGUAUCAGCAGGGUGGGUGUGACAAUAUUGAUAGUGGAGCCGUAUGGAAGCAAAUUUAUAUGGACCUUGGCAUUCCUAUUUUGAACUCCGCUGCUUCCUACAAUGUAAAAACUGCUUAUAGAAAGUAUCUUUAUGGUUUUGAAGAGUACUGCCGGUCUGCGAACAUUCAGUUUAGAACCAUCCACCACAAUGAACCAAAAAUAGUGGAAGCAGUGCAGAAACCAGAAGAGCCAAUGGAGGAAAGUGUAAAAGAAGAGCCAGAGAUGUUCCCCAUAGAGGUUCACAAUGAGGAGGAUGAAAACGAUUGCAGCAGUGAAAGUGAAAAAGAAGAAAUUGAGCAGAGGUCUCCUAGGGGACGAAGGAGACUUGUUCGCGAUGUCACUGUCGCUAAAAAGGAAGGCGAAGAUGAUAAAAUGCAGGACAAACUAAGAGACAGCAACAAGGAGAACAAAGAUGUAGAAGACAUGUCCAGCAAUGCAGAAAAAAGGGAAAAUGAGCUGCCACUUGGAAGCAGAAAGACCACACCAAAGCAAAAGGAAAAGAAAGCAAGAAAGGAAGAGGAAUCUGACAAGGAAUCAGAUGAAGAAGAGGACAGGAGGGAAGAACUUGAAAACCGAGGAGAAUCGGAAGGAGAGGAGGGCGGCGACGACACAGAGCCUUGCCUAACGGGAACCAAAGUGAAAGUAAAAUACGGCCGUGGCAAAACCCAGAAAAUUUAUGAAGCCAGUAUUAAAAGUACAGAGAAUGAUGACGGAGAGGUUUUGUAUUUGGUGCAUUAUUAUGGCUGGAAUGUAAGAUACGAUGAAUGGGUGAAAGCUGAUAGGAUUAUUUGGCCUGCAGAGAAGGGAGGCUCAAAGAAGAAGCAAAAGAAAAAAGCAAAAAGUAAAGAAGAGAGUGACAAAGAUGAAAAGAGAGAAGAGGAGAAGCAAAAGGUGAAACGGGGGCGCCCUCCUCUGAAAUCGACUCUUCUUUCAAACCUGUCGUGUGGUCUGCCCAAAACUCCUAAUAGCGAAAGUAAACCAGGAGCCCAGAACUCGCGCGGCAGCCUGCCGGAUUGCUCACCCUUGCCUAACGGGACUGAAGGAAUGUCUCGCAGGCAAACAAGACGUAGCUCAGGAAUGCUGGAUUCUGAUAGAGGGUCAAAUGACUCCAUUUCAUCUGACAGUGAUGCAGAUGAAGCUUCUGAAAAGAAUACAAAUGAAGAGUUUUCUCCAGCCAAUUCUGACCCAGAAAAAGAUGAGAAACGAACAGUUGAAAAACCUGAUGAAGAAGCCCCAAAGUUCUCACUUGUGCUGAAAGAGAAUGACAGGAAUCAGAUCCACCCUUUGGAACCUUUGAAACUAGAAGUUGAAGAAAACGAACAAGCGGUUCAGAUUUUUGGAAGCAAAAGUGACCAAGUAGAAGAUAUCAAAAGAGAGAUGGAAAAAUCACCUAGAGCGAAAGGACGGCGGAACAGAACAAGAGACUCCUCCCUGGAGAAUGUAAAGAGCACACCACUAAACCAGGAAGAGGCAGCAAGCGAACAUCUCUCUGAUUCUGAAAGAUUAGAUACGUCGUCCUUGGACAGUAAAGGAUUGAGCACCCCUUCUGAGAGCGAAACAGAUCCCUGUGCAAAAGAUAAGAAGCUUUCGAAAAGGAAGACGGCGGAACAGCCAUCCCCCGACAAACGGGUCCGGCUGGUGGGCGAGAUGGAAGUGCCAAAUAUCGUGUCUGAGGGGAGGACAAAUGAAUGUUCUGGGACAGAAGAAUGUAAGGACUUUGGUGCAGAUGACUCACUCAGAAACGAGAACGAGGAAAUGCCAUCCCUGGUGGCAGAAUCUGAUCAGCGUCUUCAGGGUCGGGGGGGCGAGCACUUCGAUUGUUCCGAGGAAAACCGCAACCCCGCAUUGAAAGACGAGGACGAUUCCAUGCCUCAGAUCGGGCCCGAAACUCUCCUCUGCCAUGAAGUGGACUUGGACGACGUUGACGAAAAGGACAAGAUCGGGCCUGAAAAGUUAAUAGCAGAGAAACCGGACUCCAGCCACCCCACUUCAAACCCGCCUGCCUUACCUCCCGUGGUCCAGCCGAGCUUCUCUGUGGCCUCUCCUCUCACCUUAAGUCAGGAUGAAUCACGGAGCAUAAAGAGUGAAAGUGACAUCACCAUUGAAGUGGACAGCGUGGCUGAAGAGUCUCAGGAAGGUCUCUGUGAGAGCGAGUCUGCCAAUGGGUUUGAAGCUUUCACCACUACUUCAAGCAAUUGUAGCAUCACCAUCCCAGAAAGGGAGAUCGGGGAGAGGGGUCAAAAAAGGCCUGGUGACAACAGCAGCAGCACACUGGCCAAAAAGCAAAAGCGUACUCCAAAACGAGCAAGCACUGUAGCCAAAAAUGAGAAGAAUGGGACAGGACAAAGCAGUGAUAGCGAAGAUCUUCCUGCACUGGAUAGCUCAAGCAAAUGUACUCCAGUAAAACACAUCGGUCUAUCCAAGCCGCAGAAGCUCACUAGGUCGCCAGCUAGAGUAUUGUCCCCCAAUAUCAAAGAUGGGGAUAAGGACAAGCAGAGGGACAAGAACCAUCAAAACAUUUCUCCAAGGGUGUAUAAGUGGAGUGUCCAACUCAAUGAAUUGGACAACAUGAGCAGUGCAGAGAGGAUCUCUUUCCUACAAGAAAAAUUGCAGGAAAUCAGAAAAUACUACAUGUCUCUGAAGUCUGAAGUAGCCACCAUAGACAGGAGAAGAAAACGAUUUAAAAAGAAAGACAGAGAAGGCAAGUUCAGUCUUUGUCAGACAUACAAGCUUUUGGUGUCUCACACAGGAGCUUCCAUGUCCUCUGCCUCUUCAGACACUGGAAUGAGCCCUUCGUCCUCCUCUCCUCCACAGAACGUGCUUGCUGUUGAAUGCAGGUGAUACUGGUCUCCUCUGCCUUGUGCAGCAAGUCGCUGUCAUGGACAGAAAUCCCGAAAUACCAUAGAAAGCACUCAGCUGGUUUGACAUUGCCAAGUAUAUUCUGUAUACUCUUCCACUGCUGGACUGUGUCUGUCUCUUCUCCACAUACCCCUCCCUCCAUCUUGUCAUUGUGGAUUAUUAUUAAUUACUAUUUUUUUAAAAAAACUUUAUUGUGGAUAUUAAUUAAGCUAAUUGGCAACUGAAGGUUUGUGGGUGCACUUGGACACAUCUGUCUUUGUGCUUAUUUUUUGUUUUGUUUUUUUUGUUUUGGUUAAAACAGAAAAGGGCACUUAAUCAAAUUUGGAAACUUGGAUAGCCAGUGAAGCAUUUGAAUGCUAUUAAAUUCUUUUUUAAAAAAGGAGCAAGUGCACCAAACAGUCAUCAAAAUAGGUUAAUCAGAAAAUGGAAUUUUUGCUGCACUUUUUCACCAAGCUGUAUCUUAAUCCUGAGUGAGAGCCCCCCCUUCUUUCCUUUUUGGAGAAGCACUUGCUGUACAGACCUGCCAAAGUGUGUAUUCAGCAAUGUUCCCAAUUUUAAAGGUGUAAAUCGGACAAAAUAAAUUGUGAAAGGAAGCGUAGUUGACUGGAAACUACCGUUGUAAUGAGUCUUCCACUUUUUAUAGGAUUUUUGAGCACACGAUUAUGCAAAUAUUUUAAUGUUUAAUGUUUACAGUGGAAUCGUGAAUAGGUUUUCAGUGGACUAUCUUAUCCCUUGACAAAAGUAUUUUGUCUUUUUUUCUAUGUAAUUUCAGAGUUUUUAUUUUGUUACAAAAAGGCAAAAAAUAAAAUAUAUAACAAUGAAGUUAUUUAACAAGAUUUCUAAAGCUGAAUUUUUUUGUGUAAAAUAAGGUAUCUUGCAACUUGUUAAAUAUAUUUAUUCAGACAUUGGAUGUUGUAUUUUUAUGUAUUUUUUAAAAAAUAUUAAUAAAAUUGGGGAGAAAAAGUCUAAGUUAGGUUCACUCUUUCAAUAAAAUAUACCUGUCACUUAAAAUCAUAUACAGGUGGCUUCAUGUACCAUACCUGUAUGUGAAGUGGUUUUGUCUGUUCAAUCUUCCACAGUGUAAAACUAUAAUCUGGCAUCUGGAUUAAACUCUUAUCCUGUCUUGAAAA